AAAAAAGACAACUCCAAGCAGGAAACACUCCGUAUUCUGCAGGUGACCCGAAGGAGCUUUUUCCUUCCCUUUUUCUUGACAUCACGCAGAGGACGUUCACAAACAGAAUUGCACCAUGCUCCAUGUGAGAGCCGGACAAUCCUUUAUGGUUCUGUGCGACCAAUGCAGCGUCCUGGUUUUCCAAAUAGCUGUUGUCUUUGCCCUGACACACUCAUGUAGUGGUCAGUCAGAGGUUAUCAGUCCUCUUCAGCCAGUAGUGGCUUUGAUUGGUCAUGACAUCCUUUUGCCGUGUAACCUGGACCCUGUAAUGGAUGCUACUGAAAUGACUGUGGAGUGGGCGAGACCUGACUUAGACCCCAGAUUUGUCCUUGUGUGGCGUGACAGUGUCGACAUGGAGUCUAAAAAACAUCCAUCCUACACCAGCAGAACGUCUCUGUUCACAGAUGAACUGAAGAAUGGAAACAUUUCACUGAAAAUCUCCAAAGUCAAACUGUCUGAUGAGGGAACGUACAGAUGUUUUGUUCCAGAGUUGGACAGAUACACUACAGUUCAGCUUGUUGUUGGUGCUGCCUCUUCAUCUGCUGCAUGGAUUAACAGCACCAUCAGCAGCAGCAGGGUGGUGUUACAGUGUGAGUCUGCAGGCUGGUAUCCAGAGCCUGAGCUGCUGUGGUUGGACGGUGAGGGAAACCUCCUCUCUGCUGGACCUACAGAGACCCUCAGAGGUCCUGAUGACCUCUAUACUGUCAGCAGCAGAGUGACUGUGGAGAAGAGACACAGCAACAACAUCACCUGCAGAGUCCAACAGAGGAACACCAACCAGAGCAGAGAGACACACAUACAUGUUCCAGAUGAUUUCUUCAUUGUCAUCAGUCCUCCCAGUAAUCCAACUAAUGACCCAAAUAUCAUUGCUGUGGUCAUCGGUGCUCUCGUUGUGCUCAUUCUGAUUCUUGCUGUUUCCUUUGUUGUCUGGAAGAAGAGACGAGCCAAAUGCAAAAAGAAGAAGAGUGAGGAGGACGGAGCUGAAAUUGGGUUAAAAGGAGAAAGUGAACCACUCAUGAGUGGAAAAGAAGAAGAAGAUGAUGAUAUGUAA